AUGGCGUUUCCCGACAGAACUGCGCUCAGCAGGGACUUCGGACCGCCAGCGGCCAGCUUCCCCCCAGAAGCACGCUGCAGGCUCAGACCCUCCUGCACCCUGGCUGGGGUCUGUCUGGGGGCUGUCUGCAGUAGCACAACUGUGCCAAGUCUCGGGUCCGUGCUAAAUCGAGGAUACUUGAAUCUGCUCUGCUGGGAGCCUGGGCAAAAGGAACACCCUGAGACACUGUUUAUGGAUCAGGGCUGGCUGCAGCAAGCACAAGCACAGGUGAACCAGCUUGCCAUCCUAGCUGCAGUGCUGCUGGUGACCAGCAGCACCUGUGGAAGCACCUUAGGUGGCUCACCUGGGUUUGUAGCGAGGCUGAAGUGGGUAACAAAGGUCCUCUUGGAAGGGCUGUCUUGUACCUGGUAUGAAGAAGCUUUAGAAAACAUCAGUGACCAAGCGCUCCAGGAAGUCAGCAGGGCUCUCUCACAGCGGGGUUAUGCUGCUUUGACCACCGACAGACAGGCUUCCCUGAAAGGCCAGGUAAAAAGCAGCAUGGACAAGGACAACGCAGUCCGGCAUGUCAUCGCUGAGUCUCUGAAGCAGCAGAUUCAUUCCUUCCUCCGCCUUUUCAUUUCUCCCGAUGGACAGAAUUCUCAGAAAGACUUCCCAAAGGGCCUUGAUGCCAUUCAGGAAGAGCAGCUGGAAGCUGGGCGCAGCUUCGGAAGCGUGAUCCACCACAACAGGCAGGUGUUUGGACCUUACUACUCGGGAGUUCGCAAGAAAGCGCUUCUCCCAGGCGCAGAACCAGACUCAGACGCAGGGGUCGGGUCUGUUAGACGGGGACGAGAGCAGCAGCGCUUCAGCAGAGAUGACCAGGAGCUGGAGGUGACAGUGACAAUGGGGCGAAUGUGUGUCUAA